AAAAAAAGAGCAACUCGCUAUACGAGUGCUUUCACAAAUUCCGAUUUACCUUCUCAAAUAACCAAAUGGAUCUCGAGCCUGAAUGGUAUGUUCGAAAAAGCAGGAGGAAUAAAUGGAUCCUCACCCAAAGCUCUUAUAAAGUCGCUACUGAAGCUCUAGAAACAAGGGAAAAAGCUAUUCAAUGAUAGUGUGUUGAAAUACCACGCGAAAUUACUUGUCGAUGAUUCCAUGGAAGUAGAUGAGCAAUUGGUAUCGAAGGAGCUUGAGGAUGAUGAGCCUUCGUUUUACAUUGAUGACAAAGGAGAAGAGGAAGAAAAUGAAAUGAAAAAUGAAUCCAUGACAGCGGUAUAUGUGGCCGCUGCCCUUUCGAUGAGACCGAUGGAUAACUUGAGGGAGAAAAGGAAAGGAAGUGGGGGUGAAGAGAAAGAGAAGAUUAAGUAUUUUAAGUAUGCUCUUCCUAACAAAUCUAAAGCGACUAAAGAGGUCCCGGUUCCUAGCUCAGGUUCGGACUCAGACAUGGGUGCCUUGAAGGAUGAUUCGAGCAGUGACAGUGAAGUUGAGAACCCUGUCAAGUAGGAUGAAUGGCAUAUGUCAAUGUCCAGACAACAAGUACGGAA